AUGGAUAAGAACUUUAAGGAAGAAAAGUUUACAGGAUUUACUAAAUUUACACCUCCUUUGUACAGACAACGCUACCAGUUUGUUAAAGAUUUAGUGGGGAAAUACAAACCUAAGAAGGUGGCAGAUUUAGGAUGUGCUGACUGUAAGCUUCUUUGUAUGCUGAAAUUCUGCGGUUGUAUUGAAGUGUUAGCUGGGGUAGAUAUCUGUGGAAGUGUAAUGAAAGAGAAAAUGCAUAGAUUGUCUCCUCUCCCUGUUGAUUAUUUGCAGCCACGUGAAGGAUCCCUAACUGUUACCUUGCAUCAUGGUUCAGUUGCCCAUAAAGAUCCUUGCAUGCUUGGUUUUGACUUGGUAACAUGCAUUGAACUAAUAGAGCACCUGGAAGAAUCAGAACUAAAGAAGUUUCCUGAAGUGGUGUUUGGUUUCAUGGCUCCAAGCAGGGUUGUUAUCAGUACUCCAAAUUCUGAAUUCAACCCUUUGCUUCCAGGAGUGAAGUUAUUCAGAAAUCAAGACCACAAAUUUGAAUGGACCCAAUUGCAGUUUCAAAGCUGGGCUCUAGAGACUGCUAAAUGCUAUGGUUACUCGGUGGAAUUUACUGGUGUGGGGCACCCACCAAGAGGAAUGGAGAAUGUUGGGUUUUGUACUCAGAUAGGUGUGUUUGUUAAAAAAUAUCCUCAAACCAGUGUAUCCACUCAGUCUGAGAAACCCACUGAAGCAGUUUACAAAACAGUCUUCAAAGCAGUGUAUCCAAGUCUUAAGGAUGAGAAGUACCUGCAGAAUGCAGUGGUUAGAGAAGUUAUUUCCACAGCACAAAUCAUUAAGGAAAUUCUGCUGAACCGUUUAAUGUUGGAACACGGAGAGUAUAAUGAUGAUCCUACUGAGAGAAAAUCCAAAUUCCAACCUUCAGUGAACUGCUUCUCAGAUAUUGGAAAACUGGCUGUUGAAAAAAGCAAGGAAUCAUUUGUCAGUGGAAAUGUGGUUUAUAUACCUCUUACAACAAUCUUCUCUUUUCCCAGAGUGAAUCGGCUUUGUGGUACCUAUGAGAAGUUAAGCAAGCUUGUUGCUGGCCAGGUUACAUUGAGCAGUGAUAGCUCUGCUGUGAUACUCAAUACUGAACCUGAAGAUAGUUAG